GUCGCAAGCAGUUCCACACAGUAAAUACAAUGGCCCUCUCGAUGAAGAUGCGCGCCAACGCGCGUGUGGUCUCUGGCCGCCGCGUUGCCGCUGUUGCCCCGCGCGUUGUGCCUUUCUCGUCGGUCGCGCGUCCAGUCCUGCGCAGCACCUUUGCCCCUGAGGUCUCCAUUGAUAUUCGCCGUGCUGGUCGCAGCCGCAUUGUUGUCGAGGCGGUUAAGAAGUCGGUCGGCGAUCUCGGCAAGGCUGAUUUGGAGGGCAAGCGCGUCUUCGUCCGCGCCGAUCUGAACGUGCCGCUUGAUAAGAAGACCCUGGCCAUUACCGAUGACACCCGCAUCCGCGCGGCGGUCCCAACCUUGAAGUACCUGUUGGACAAUGGUGCCAAGGUUCUCCUGACCUCGCACCUGGGCCGCCCGAAGGGAGGCCCCGAGGACAAGUACCGCCUCACCCCUGUGGUGGCGCGACUGUCGGAGCUGCUGGGCAAGGAGGUGAAGAAGGUCGACGACUGCAUUGGCCCGUCCGUUGAGCAGGCUGUGGCUUCCCUGAAGAGCGGCGAGCUCCUGCUGCUCGAGAACGUCCGCUUCUACAAGGAGGAGGAGAAGAACGACCCCGAGUUCGCCAAGAAGCUUGCCUCCAACGCUGACUUGUACGUCAACGACGCCUUCGGCACUGCCCACCGCGCCCACGCCUCCACUGAGGGUGUCACCAAGUUCCUGAAGCCCUCCGUGGCAGGCUUCCUGCUGCAGAAGGAGCUGGACUACCUAGACGGCGCCGUGUCCGCCCCCAAGCGCCCCUUCGUGGCCAUUGUUGGAGGCUCUAAGGUGUCCUCCAAGAUCACCGUCAUUGAGAAGCUCAUGGAGAAGUGCGACAAGAUUAUCAUUGGUGGUGGCAUGAUCUUCACCUUCUACAAGGCUCGCGGCCUGAAGGUCGGCUCCUCGCUGGUCGAGGAGGACAAGCUGGAGCUGGCCAAGAACCUGGAGGCCAUUGCUAAGGCCAAGGGCGUGCAGCUCCUCCUGCCGUCUGACGUCGUGGUGGCGGACAAGUUCGACGCCAACGCCAACACACAGACCGUCAGCGUGGAGGCCAUCCCCGACGGCUGGAUGGGUCUGGACAUCGGCCCCGACUCCAUCAAGACGUUCCAGGAUGCCCUGGCUGACGCCAAGACUGUCGUCUGGAACGGCCCCAUGGGUGUGUUCGAGUUCCCCAAGUUCGCCGUCGGCACUGUGGCCAUUGCCAACACUCUGUCUGAGCUGACGCCAAAGGGCGCCAUCACCAUCAUCGGCGGUGGUGACUCGGUGGCCGCCGUUGAGCAGGCUGGUGUGGCUGAGAAGAUGAGCCACAUUUCCACUGGUGGCGGUGCCUCUCUGGAGCUGCUGGAGGGCAAGGUCCUGCCGGGCGUUGCUGCUUUGGAUGAGAAGUAAUUGCGGCUUGAGUAAGGUGUCGACAGUCUUUUCGCGUUGGUUGCUGUUCUUUUUGGAGGCGAUUCGUCUCGAGGAUGUGCCCCGGGGAACCGAUCCUGGCGAAAGUGGCUCUCCUUGGCGUGAGUGUGCACCUAUCUGCUGGGAGGCACUGCAUGCGGGUCGGUGUGUGCGUUGGCGCUAUGGAUGUACUGUGCGGAUCUGUUCUGCGACAUGCUGCGACAUGCCUGUGCUAAACCAGAAAUGGUUGGGCUCUAGCUGAAAAAUAACAUCUGUGCGGUGCUCUGCAACGGCAAUCUACGGAUAGUUGGUUGUUUUUGAAUUUUCGGAGUUUAGUAACCGGCGACGCUGAGGUGGUCAUCGCAUGCAUUUGCUUUUUCGCUGUGGCAUAAUUCGCGGUUGCAAUAGGAGGUUCAGGAGGAGAAGUGAUGUGCUGCACGUGUGCACGGCUCUAUUUUUGGUUGGCAAAAGCAAAAGUUUUGUUAUGUUUCGUUGCUUUAUCGGCCUUGAUGAAGACAUGAAAUGUCGGCUAUAUGCCCGUUGUCGCCCACAGCGCUCACUUUUCUCGGACCUCGGGAGGUAAAAUGUUGUGUAACGCCAAAAGGCAAUCGAAA